AUGUCCAAGGUGUUUAAGAAGACCAGCUCCAAUGGGAAGCUCUCCAUCUACCUGGGGAAACGGGACUUCGUGGACCAUGUGGACACGGUGGAACCCAUUGAUGGUGUCGUCCUGGUUGAUCCUGAGUACUUAAAAGGUCGAAAAUGCCUGACAGACCACUCUCUUCCUCCUAUGCCUGCAGUGUUUGUCAUGUUGACAUGUGCCUUUCGCUAUGGCCGUGAUGACUUGGAAGUGAUUGGUCUGACGUUCCGAAAAGAUCUGUAUGUGCAGACCCUGCAAGUGGUCCCAGCUGAAUCCAGCAGCCCUCAGGGGCCCCUCACAGUCCUACAGGAGCGACUACUGCACAAGCUAGGGGACAAUGCCUACCCCUUUACCCUGCAGAUGGUGACCAACCUGCCCUGUUCUGUGACACUGCAGCCAGGUCCUGAAGAUGCAGGAAAGCCCUGUGGGAUUGACUUUGAAGUGAAGAGUUUCUGUGCUGAAAACCCAGAGGAGACAGUCUCCAAGAGAGACUAUGUGCGGCUGGUUGUCCGGAAAGUACAAUUUGCACCACCGGAGGCAGGCCCUGGCCCCUCAGCCCAGACCAUCCGCCGCUUCCUUCUGUCAGCUCAGCCCCUACAACUCCAGGCCUGGAUGGACAGGGAGGUUCACUACCACGGAGAACCCAUCUCUGUCAAUGUUUCUAUCAACAACUGCACCAACAAGGUCAUCAAAAAAAUCAAGAUUUCAGUUGACCAGAUCACAGAUGUUGUCCUGUAUUCACUAGACAAGUACACCAAGACUGUGUUCAUUCAGGAAUUCACGGAGACUGUAGCUGCUAAUUCCAGCUUCUCCCAGAGCUUUGCAGUAACCCCAAUCCUGGCUGCCAGCUGCCAGAAACGGGGCCUGGCACUGGAUGGCAAACUUAAGCAUGAAGAUACCAACCUGGCCUCUAGCACAAUUAUUAGACCGGGAAUGGACAAAGAGCUGCUGGGGAUCCUGGUGUCCUACAAAGUCAGAGUCAACCUGAUGGUGUCCUGUGGUGGCAUCCUAGGAGACCUGACAGCCAGCGAUGUUGGUGUGGAGCUACCCUUGGUCCUGAUCCAUCCGAAGCCAUCUCAUGAGGCCGCUAGCUCUGAGGACAUAGUCAUCGAGGAGUUUACGCGGAAAGGCGAGGAGGAGAGCCAGAAGGCUGUGGAGGCUGAGGGAGAUGAGGGGAGCUGAGCACCUCGCUCUGGUGCCCGUCUGUGUGGGAGCCCCCACUGUAACACUCUAAUAAAUCAGUUUGUUCAGAUGUG